UUCCGUGCAGUGAUGGAUUCCCUGCACCAGACCUUCGACCAGUGCGUGGCCACCAACAACUUUGCAGAAAUCUCCGGCUCGGUUAUAUCGUGGGUCGAAGAACAUUGUAAACCUCAGAUUCUGCGUGAAAUUAUGUGCGGAGUUCUUCAGCAGCUUGGUACACAUGAAGCAAAUUUUAUGAAUUGAUACCAAUCUUACAACCACUUCAAGAUAUUUAUGGUUUGAAGAUUGGUCGUGGACUGGGAAAGAAGGUCGGAGAGUAGAAACACAAGUAUAGUAACUAGAAUGAGAUACAAGAAGAGUGCUGGCAAGGCAACAGGGCAGACAACUGGAAUGAGUGGCCAUCUUAGGCAAGCUCAUCUGAAAGAAACAGAUGCAUUUUGCAAGGCUCAGACAUGUGGUUUUCAUAGGCUAGACAGAGUAUUGUGUAUCAUAUUUGCAUACCACAAAUAAAAAAAAACAAGAAACUACCAAACAGUGAGAAGAAAGAUGUUUUGUAGGAGGAGGCAAAAUGGCAAAGAAAGCAAAACUAGGGAUUGUCAAAAUGGAAGAAGGAAGGGGAUUUUGUAAGAGAAUGCAGCUUGCUACUUGACGAUCCUGGAUUUUAGAUAGCCUUAGCCAGACCUGCCACCACCAAACAAGAGAAGAUGGUAACAGUAAUUGUGGGUCUCUCACCAAGGGAUGACCAAGCCAUGAACUUCACUGACCAGUAGGUGACUGCAUUAAAGUGGAGUAGAUGUGUACCUAUCUAUCAUAUGUAGGGAUGCACCAUGAUGGGCUGGGUGAGGGCUUAAUAAAGCAAAACAUGAAAAGAAAAAAAAGAAAAGAAAAAAAAGGAAGAAAAGAGGAAGAAGGAAACCAAAGCAUUCCUGUUUGUUUAAAUCUUCACACCAGACCUUAAAGGUCCAGAAAUAAUAUACAUAUACAUAGACAGAUACAUAUAUAAUGUAUACAUAAAUGUAUGUGUGUGUGUGUGUGCGUGUGCGUGUGCGUGUGCGUGUGCGUGUGCGUGUGCGUGUGCGUGUGUACACUGAUAUUCUAUUGUGCAAUGAUUAAUGUCAGUACUACUUGUAGUGGAGGAGACAACCUUACUUUAAAUUGUUGUGUACAGCAAUUAUGUUUGAGAGUAGGAUGAUUUUAAAGACACAGCACAAGGCAGAAAAACUUUCUGUACACAGUAGGAUUGUAGUUGAAGA